UGUGACGCGGUGAGGAUGGCCCCGCCCCCCGGCUCGAGCCUUUUGUAAAGGGUCACGUUGCGCUGCAGCAGUGAAACAGGAGACCGCACCGCAUCCUCCGCACACAGCUCACUUCCUCGCUCUCUUCGCCCAGACACCCUUCAGCAGCCACCAUGACUCACCAGUAUCCCGCACUGACUCCAGAGCAGAAGAAGGAGCUGCAGGACAUUGCAGAAAGGAUAGUAGCUCCAGGAAAAGGCAUCCUCGCAGCGGAUGAAUCCACCGGGAGCAUGGGGAAACGUUUCAGCCCCAUCGGAGUUGAGAACACGGAGGAGAACAGGCGUCGCUACCGCCAGCUGCUCUUCACAGCCGACCAGCGCAUCGACAGCUGUAUCGGAGGCGUCAUCUUCUUCCAUGAAACCCUCUACCAGAACACCGACGAUGGCACUAACUUUUCCAAGCUCAUCCGGGACCGGGGCCUUGUUGUCGGCAUCAAGGUGGACAAAGGCGUUGUGCCCCUGGCUGGAACCAAUGGAGAGACCACCACUCAGGGUUUGGACGGGCUGUCUGAGCGCUGUGCGCAGUACAAGAAGGACGGCGCAGACUUCGCCAAGUGGCGCAGCGUGCUCAAGAUCAGCGACACCACGCCCUCUGAGCUGGCCAUCAUGGAGAACGCCAACGUUCUCGCACGAUAUGCCAGCAUCUGCCAGCAGAAUGGUAUUGUUCCUAUUGUGGAGCCUGAGAUCCUGCCUGACGGAGAACACGACCUGAAGCGCUGCCAGUACGUCAGUGAGAAGGUCCUAGCUGCAGUGUACAAGGCGCUGUCAGACCACCAUGUGUACCUGGAAGGGACUCUGCUGAAACCCAACAUGGUCACAGCUGGACACUCCUGCCCCACCAAGUACAGCAGCGAGGAAAUCGCCAUGGCUACCGUCACCGCCCUGCGCCGCACCGUGCCUCCCGCUGUCACAGGAGUGACAUUCCUGUCAGGUGGCCAGUCCGAAGAAGAGGCCAGCAUGAACCUCAACGCCAUCAACAACUGCCCACUCGCCAAGCCCUGGGCCCUGACUUUCUCCUACGGCCGCGCCCUGCAGGCCUCCGCCCUGAACGCAUGGAGAGGCCAGCUGAGCAACGAGAAGGCCGCCACCGAGGAGUUCAUCAAGCGCGCGGAGGCAAACGGUCUGGCUGCGCUCGGCAAGUACGAAGGGGAUGGAAGUGGCGCCGCCGCGGGACAGUCCCUCUACGUGGCUAAUCACGCCUACUAAACAUCUGCCACAUUCAACUGUGGCCCAGUUAUAGUCUUGUAUCUGCUCUGCUUUUCCCACUCACUCCUCUGUCAAUCACAGGCCUGCGCUGUCUACUGUACUUUAGAGUUGUCGGAGUUCAUACAAAUGACAGGAUUAGAAGUGUAUUUAACAACAUGAUGUGAAACUAACAUACUAAAGGGAACAGGCUUGGGUUUUUUUUUUUUUUUAA